UCACUUCCGGUUGAUGACGCCGCCGUGCUUCCGGGUGUCUCGCAGCGCGGGAACGUUUCUCAGUGUUGCGGUGAAGUUUGUGUGAAACAGUAAAAACACACGGACGUGAUGGAUCCUGCAGAGGUGGAGUUCCUCUCGGAGAAGGAGAUCGUGAAGAUCAUUCCAAACUUCAGUCUGGACAAGAUCUAUCUGAUCGGGGGGGACCUGGGCCCCUUCAACCCUGGGCUGCCAGUGGAGGUCCCGGUGUGGUUGGCUCUCAACCUCAAACAGAGACAGAAGUGCAGAAUCGUUCCUCCGGAGUGGAUGGAUGUUGAGAAACUGGAGGAGAUACGAGAGCUUGAGAGGAAAGAGGGAACGUUUGCUCCUGUUCCCAGUCCGUACUACAUGGAGCUGACCAAACUGCUGCUGAACCACGCGUCAGAUAAUAUUCCUAAGGCAGAUGAGAUCCGCACGCUGGUCAAAGACAUCUGGGACACGCGCAUUGCCAAACUCCGCCUGUCCGCCGACAGCUUCAUCAAUCAGCAGGAGGCUCAUGCCAAGCUGGACAACCUGACUCUGAUGGAGAUCAACACCAUUCGAUCGUUUUUCCUCGACUCUCUUAACUUUAUGUACAAGCUACGUUCCAAUAUGCAGCCUGCUUCCAGUAAAGGAAAGGCAAUGGACUAUUGAUCCACUAGUUUAAAUCAUGCUGAAGUUUGAAUAUUGUCCCCUUGAUGUGGGACAGCUGAGGACAAAGCCUUGGACCUGUGGAUUUAUUAAGAAGAAAGGAGAAGAGUUUUCCCCCUGUGUAUUUAAGGGUUACACUUCUCAAGGGGAAACUCAUCCAUCUGUACAUAUUGACAAGCAUAUAAGCUUUAUAUGCGUCUGCUGUUUGCAAUGUGCUUAUUUAAUUUAAUGUCAGUAGUAAAAACAACCACCUUGCAUUUGUGUUUCAAAAUGUAAGAAAAUAAAUGUUUUAAUGUGUA